ACAUGAAUUGAAUUAUUUCUUUUCUUAUAAACUCUCCUCUCUUAUUUACCACAUAAACUCUUCUCAAAAUAUUAUGGAAAUCCUUCAAAUCACUAAGGAUAAGAUAGUGAAGAGUUCCAAGAGAUUUACAACAUUAUUUGUUGUAAUUUUCAUAGCAUUUCCUCUUGUAAUCAUUGUUAACUCAAACACAAGUUUCUCUCUCUUUGAGCAGUUUACAAAAGGCAAGGUGCUACUUGUUGGAGAAAUUGAAAAUGUGAAGAACAAUACAAAUGUCACAACCAAUGGAGGAACAGUCCAUAAAAUUUCAGAUGGUGGCAACAUAAAAGGAGAAUUUAAUAAUACCAUGUCAAAGGUGCAGGGGAAAAUUCAAAAUUCUACUAAAACAACUCAAGAAAGACCAGCUACAACAACAGGUUUGAAGAAUGACACAAUGACAAGUUCCACAAAUGAUCCAACUCUACAUACUCCAAUCCAUAAUGACAAAGAAAAACUGCUUAAUGGACUCUUAGCUUCUGGAUUUGAAGAUGCCUCAUGCGUAAGCAGGUUACAAUCUCAUUUAUAUCGCAAAGUUUCACCUCAUAAACCUUCUUCAUAUUUAAUAUCGAAACUACGCAACUACGAAGAAAUUCAUAGAAGGUGUGGACCUAAUGGUAAGGAUUAUCACAAAAGCAUGAGAAAGAUUCUAAAUUCGGGUGAUGCUUCGAUUUGCAAAUACCUUAUUUGGACACCAGCUAAUGGUUUAGGAAACCAAAUGGUUAGCAUGGCUGCAACAUUUAUGUAUGCUCUCCUCACAAACCGUGUUAUGCUCGUAAGAUUCAGGAAAGACAAACAAGGUAUAUUUUGUGAGCCUUUUUUGAAUUCAACUUGGUUGUUACCAGAAAAGUCUCCUUUUUGGAAUGAAAAUCAUGUUGAAACAUAUCAAAGUUUGAUAGAGAAGGAAAAAGCUAACAAUAAUUCUAAAUUGGAUUUGCCAUCAUCAUUAUUUCUCAACCUACAAUACCGACCAAAUUUACCUGAGAAAUUUUUUCACUGUGAUCAUAGUCAAGCUCUUAUCAUUAAGGUUCCUUUGUUAAUUUUGCAAUCAGAUCAAUAUUUUGUACCUUCUCUUUUCAUGACACCUUUUUUCAACAAGGAACUUGAAAAAAUGUUCGUUGAAAAGGACACCGUUUUUCACCAUUUAGGACGCUACCUUUUCCACCCUUCGAAUGAAGCGUGGAGACUAAUCACAAAUUUCUAUCAAGCACACUUGGCUAAAGCAGAUGAGAAAAUAGGUCUUCAAAUAAGAGUGUUCAAUCCUACUUUAACUCCACAAGAAGCAAUUAUGAAUCUAGUUUUAAAUUGCACCAUUCACAAUAAGUUACUACCAAAAGUACUUGGUAUGAAAAAUUCAAGCGACAAAAACAAAACGAUUGUGAAGGUUGUUCUUGUUGCGUCUUUAUAUCCAGAAUACGGUGAUAAUUUAAAGACGAUGUAUACGAAUAAAUCAACUUCUUCAGGGGAAAUAAUAGAAGUUCAUCAAGCAAGUGGUGAAGAGCAACAAAAAUUUAAUGAUAAUAAGCAUAAUAUGAAGGCUUGGGUUGAUAUGUAUCUACUAAGUUUAUCUGAUGUGUUGGUUACUACUUCUUUGUCUACUUUUGGAUAUGUUGCUCAAGGCUUGGGAAAUUUGAGGCCAUGGCUUCUAUACAAGAUAAUAAGUAAUGACACUCAUUUUCCAGCUUGUGAAAGAGAGUUCUCAAUGGAGCCAUGUUAUCAUGCUCCUCCUAAGCAUUACUGUAGUGGAAAGCCAAUAAAAGAUUUUGCUUCUUCUUUCAUUUAUAUGAGGAAAUGUAAGGAUUUUUGGUUUGGUGUAAAGUUGCUUAGUGAUAUAAAUAGUUAGAGAUGUUUCAUGGGAUUAAAAGUGUGUUUAAGAAAUUUCUACUAAUUAUAUUUCAAUUGAAGUA